GAUAAAAGAGGCAAUCACUUCAACAUGUCAUGAGGUUCUGGGCCAAAAGAACCACAAUCACAAGGAUUGGAUCACUGUUGUUACACUGGAUAAGAUUCAAGAAAGGAGGAACAAGAAAGUAGCAAUCAAUACCAGUCGAACAAGAGCAGAAAAAGUCAAGGCACAAGCUGAAUACACAGAAGUAAACAAGCAAGUGAAAAGGAGCAUCAGAACCGACAAACGUAAAUAUGUGGAAGAUUUGGCAAUGACGGCGGAAAAGGCUGCCAGAGAAGGAAACAUGAGACAACUGUAUGAAACAACAAAGAAACUCUCCGGAAAUCACCGUAAACCAGAACGACCAGUGAAAAACAAGGAAGGCAAGAUAAUCAUCAACAUUGAAGAACAACGAAACAGGUGGGUAGAACACUUCAAAGAACUCUUGAAUCGACCAGUCCCACUGAACCCACCCAACAUCGAAGCAGCACUCACGGACCUCCCAAUUGAUGUUGGCGUACCGACAAUUGAAGAAAUCAGCAUGGCUAUCAGACAAAUCAAGAGUGGCAAAGCAGCAGGACUAGACAGCAUUCCAGCAGAGGCACUGAAAGCAGACGUAGCGGAAACUGCAAGGAUACUCCAAACUCUCUUCAGAAAGAUCUGGGAUGAGGAACAGGUACCAAAAGACUGGAAAGAAGGACUUCUAGUCAAAAUACCAAAGAAAGGCGAUCUCAGCAACUGUGACAACUACAGGGGAAUCACUCUUCUUUCAAUACCGGGAAAAGUCUUCAACAGGGUAUUGUUAAACAGGAUGAAGGACUCCGUAGACGCCCAACUUCGAGACCAACAGGCAGGAUUCCGUAAGGAUAGAUCGUGCACAGACCAAAUCGCAACUCUACGGAUCAUUGUGGAACAAUCAAUUGAAUGGAAUUCAUCACUCUAUAUCAACUUCAUCGACUACGAAAAAGCAUUUGAUAGCGUGGACAGAACAACCCUAUGGAAGCUUCUUCGACACUACGGCGUGCCUCAGAAGAUAGUCAAUAUCAUACAGAAUUCCUAUGAUGGAUUAAACUGCAAGAUCGUUCAUGGAGGACAGUUGACAAAGUCGUUCGAAGUAAAGACCGGUGUCAGGAAAGGUUGCUUACUCUCACCCUUUCUCUUUCUCCUGGUGAUCGACUGGAUCAUGAAGACAUCAACAUCUGAAGGGAAGCACGGGAUACAGUGGAUAGCUAGGAUGCAGUUGGAUGAUCUAGACUUCGCAGAUGAUCUGGCUCUUCUAUCGCACACACAACAACAAAUGCAGGAGAAGACAACCAGUGUAGCUGCAGCCUCAGCAGCAAUAGGUCUCAAUAUACACAAAGGGAAAAGCAAGAUUCUUCGAUACAACACAACAUGUACCAAUCCAAUCACAAUUGACGGAGAAGCUUUGGAAGAUGUAAAAACCUUUACAUAUUUGGGCAGUAUCAUCGAUGAACACGGUGGAUCUGAUGCAGAUGUGAAGGCACGGAUUGGCAAAGCAAGAGCAGCAUAUCUACAACUGAAGAAUAUCUGGGACUCAAAACAAUUAGCAACCAACACCAAAGUCAGAAUUUUCAAUACAAAUGUCAAGACAGUUCUACUGUAUGGGGCGGAAACCUGGAAAACUACGAAAUCCAUCGUCCAAAAGAUACAGGUGUUUAUUAACAGUUGUCUACGCAAAAUACUUCGGAUCCAUUGGCCGGACACUAUAAGCAACAACCUACUGUGGGAGAGAGCAAAUCAGAUCCCAGUGGAGGAAGAAAUCAGGAAGAAGCGCUGGAAGUGGAUAGGACACACAUUGAGGAAAGCACCGAACUGCGUCAUAAGACAAGCCCUCAUAUGGAACCCUCAAAGUCGAAGGAGGAGAGGAAGACCAAAGAAUACAUUACGCCGGGAAAUGGAGAUAGAUAUGAGAAAAAUGAACAAGAAUUGGAUGGAACUAGAAAAGAAGGCCCAGGACAGAGUGGGUUGGAGAAUGCUGGUCGGCGGCCUAUGCUCGAUUGGGAGUAACAGGCGUAAGUAAUUAACAUAAUGGAUUUAUGGCGCGUGGUAGAGACAUUCAGAGAAUUCGGUUUACACCAAUUGAAUGAUCCGCAAGCAAGUUUAGAUUAUGGAAGUACAUUCCGUUUACUAUCACGUAUUUAUUCACAUAUACCUACAACAAAUAUGAAUGUGAAUACCACAACUGAUGAAACUACACCAAGUAAUGCAAUCAAUCGACCUGCAAUAAUUAUUGCAGCAGAAAUCCUACUUGGUUGGCUUGGGUAUGCUUUGGACUUAUGUGCAACUGGUCGACUUAGCGUAACUGGACUAAAAAUAACCUUAUCAACGUUAACCAAUGCGAGACCAGCUGAUAAAUUUCGAUAUCACUUCACUCUUUUGUCCGAUCCAUCUGGUGCACUAAUUUUCUCGAAAUUCGAGGCUUAUCUACAAGAUUUACUCAAAUUACCUAUAAGUGUUUUCGAAGGCACAAAUUUCUACUACACACCACAAGCUUCACAAACAAUGUUUACUGGGCGUUCUAAAAACGUAGUCCUUGAAGAAUUUUUGGAUCGUAUGCUAUCGGAUCAAGGACCACAAAUAUUAGUAUGGCUUACGAUUUUUCACCGGUUAAUCAGUGUGGCGAAUGUCCGACAUAACGUACGAUGUGAGGGUUGUAAACGUGAACCAAUUUGCGGUCUACGCUACAAAUGUACUCGAUGUCCUCAUUAUAAUUUGUGUCAAGAUUGUUUUUGGAUUGGCGUUACCACAGAUCAGCAUACAAAUGCACAUGAUGUGAAAGAAUAUAGUGCUGCUUCAAAAUCUCAUUCCCGUCAGUUUGGACAUUCCUUGAGAAAAUCGUUUCAAUUCGGACGGGCCAUUACUAACUCCACAACAUCAAAUGUUGUUACUACACCUUUCACAAGUAGCUUCAGUGAACGUCAGAAAUUUUCUGGCAUGAAUGUUGCUCGUCGUCCUCAUGUAGGAUCUAUAUUCGAAUGGAACUCAGACCCUUCUGUACCAACCGGCAUUAUUUCUUGCGUAAACGGCAUUGCUUCAGCUGUACAACCAUCUUCUGUACCGAACGACAUUGCAACGGGUAUUUCUGCUGUAUGUCAUCCAGGUCAACCUGUUUCAAAUCAGAGAUUCAUGGCACCAGUGAAUACUAUUUGUAGUCCAUUACCAAAUCGGCGAUUGCAACAGCUCAAUCCUUUAUUUUUAGCAAAUCGACCAAGUGCUAACUUAUCUAAUUUCACAUAUGUACCUCCCCAACCUGUACAAGUCCAACCUUCCCCCAACAGUUUGAACGAAUCGAAUCAAGGGUCGAGUGGUGUUGCACGAAAUCUAGUGGCCGUUACCUGCUAUACAAAUGUAAUGCAGCAACAAGACAUGAUUACUGCAGACUAUACAAGAGCCGGGCACAGUAUUUUAUAUUCUGAAGUACCUCCUGGUUCUCACAUGCACAAUCUGUCAGGAGCAAAUCAUCAACCAUUACCUAUAUCAUGUUAUUCUCAACCUACCACAGACGUUUAUUCAAUUGGCGGUAAUCAACAAUAUCAGUUAUCUACUACAACAACUGGACAGCCAGCUAUACAAUCUACUCCCAUAGUAUCUGUGAUUAAUAGCGAUAAUUUAAAUAAUUCAAGCAUGGGAGCUAGUUUCUCGUUAAAAACGCACAAUCUGGAUCAAAAAUCUAAUGAAGAACAUAAUUUAAUUGCUAGAUAUGCUGCCCAGUUAGCUGCUGCUUCAGCGUUAAACCAAGAAUUCGAUAAAUUCGGUGAUUUUGUUGAAUCAACACAAACUCAAAAACAAUUAAUUGCUCAACUACAAGAAAAAAACAGAAAAAUACUAAAAGAAAUCGAACGAUUACGAGUUGAACAGCAAAAACAAGCAGCAUUUAUUGCUGCUGCUGGUUCCCUCAAACAUGAUUCCUCUGAGUUACAAGAUGUUUGUGACGAAGGUGCUGGUACACUUAGCCCGACAAAUUUAAAACAUUACUUAAAAACAGAUAAUUUAUUGGCCUCCGGAGUUGGAAAUUCAGUGAAUUCAGAAAAUCCUCGUUUGGUUGCUGAUCUACAAGCGCUGCGUCAAAGAAAAGAUGAAUUGGAGUCGAGAAUGAGUAAUCUACAGCGUAGUCGAACAGAUUUGAUGUUACAGUUAGAAGCAUUAGUAAGACUUUUAUCUGUCAGUACAGGAGCUACUAAUGCACGUGAUAAUAAUCCUUCAGCGUUACUUGAUCUAAAUGAUAUUCGCCGAACAGGACACAAUUCCAGACUGAAUCAAAAAGUUCCAGAUUAUCCACCAAGACGAAGUACAAGUUUAUGUGAUCCAUCAGUUGGAAGAAGUUAUCAUGACAAUUUCUCUGCGGAAAGUAGGCAUGAUAGAACGAAUGGUGUUCAUCCAAAACCCGGUUCCUCGGAUAAUAUGGGUAAAAUAUUUUCCCCUUUAAAAACAAUUACGAUUGAAGAAAAAGGCGGACAAUGGAAUUUUAAAUUUCCUGAUGAUAAAAAGCAUGAAUUACACUCACCUUCAUCUAUUCCAUACAGACAUUCACCUGAACUUGGUCAACAACGACCAUCAGAUACUCUGAUUGAAAAGUACAAAGAUUUAUUAUAUAAAGGGACAAAUACACAAAUCGGAGCAUCAAAAUCAUUAAGAGUGCAUUUCGGUGGGCGAAGACCCGAUAUAGGACAGACCUUAUCAGCUGAUGAUAAAACUGAAUUUUUUAGUCAUAAUUCAGUAAAUGUGAAUAGAUUGUCAUCAAAUCAUUCAUCACAACAUACAAAUCAUUCAGACAGUGGAUCAGACGCAUAUUUAUACUCAGAUCCUGAAUUAUGCUUUACAGUCAUCACAUCUACCUGUGGUUCAUCACAAUCUAACACUACAGCACCACAAAGAACAUUACAAUUACCACAAUUCCAUUCUAUAACUCCGUCAACUGCUAAAUGUUCAAAUAAAUCCAAAGAUUUUCUAGACCUUUUAAACGAUAAAAUUAUAACAACAACUACAAUUGUAGAUAAUUAUGAAUACGCUGGUUUACAAUCAUCAUCAAUUUCACCAUUAUCAUAUUCGUCAAAUGAACACACUAAACAUGUUAGAACUAAUGUUAUUUCAAACAUUCCAGUUACAACUAAUCCUUAGUUAGCGAAACAGUAUUCAACAGUUAUUGUGAUCAAAUUGAAUAUAUAUGUAUAUAAAAUAGGACAAAAUAAUUGAUUAUUCUACAAUCCUAUUCGAGUAAUACUUCAUAGAAAUGAACAUUCUUUUAAUUUUAAACAAAAAGGCAGAAAAUACAAAUCCAUAUCAUGAGCAACAAACAAAUGAAUCUUGAAAAUUUUGAUUCAUAUUUCAUCUUAAGCUUAGCAGAAGAAGGGAAGAAAUUGUUUGUUUGUUUUUUUUUGUUUUGUUUUAUUUCUUAUCUUAUUUCAUUUAACUUACUCUCUGUUUUUUAUCGUUCAUUGUUAAUCAUUUGUAAUGUUAAUUAAAGAUUGUCAAUGUAAAUGUAAUUGUUUUCUCCAUGUAAACAAACAGUUGUUUAUGCUUUCAAUUAUGUUUGUUGUACGUAAAAAAGAAUUCAGUCCCACCACCAUUUAUACUUUAUAUAUAUAUAUAUAUAUAUAU